CCUGAAAGCUUUUGACCGGGAAGUAAAUGCUUUUGUGGACUAUAUGUUUGGACCUCGAGAUGCCAGGGUUAGAGGAUGGUUCCUUCUGGACUCCUACCUUCCCACAUUUUUCCUUACUGGAGCAUACUUACUCUGCAUAUGGCUGGGCAACAAGUUCAUGAAGAACAGGCCUCCUUUCUCUCUCAGGGCUCACCUCAUUGUAUAUAACCUUGGGAUUACAUUGCUCUCCUUGUACAUGCUCACAGAGCUCAUCCUUGCCACAUGGGAAGGAGGCUACAAUCUGCAGUGCCAGAACCUCCACAGCGCGGGGGAUGCUGACAUCCGGGUAGCCAAGGUGCUGUGGUGGUAUUAUUUUUCCAAAGUAAUUGAAUUCAUGGACACUAUCUUCUUUGUACUGAGAAAGAAAAGCAGCCAGAUCACCUUCCUUCAUGUGUAUCACCAUGCCACUAUGUUUAACAUUUGGUGGUGUGUCCUGAACUGGAUACCCUGUGGGCAAAGUUUCUUUGGACCCACUUUGAAUAGCUUUAUCCAUGUGCUUAUGUAUUCUUACUACGGACUAUCUGUCAUCCCCUCCAUGCGCAAGUAUCUCUGGUGGAAGAAAUACCUCACGCAGGCACAAUUGAUCCAGUUCCUGCUCACUAUCGUGCACACGCUCAGUGCAGCUGUGAAGCCAUGUGGAUUCCCCUUUGGCUGCCUCAUGUUCCAGUCCUCCUACAUGGCCACGCUGGUCAUUCUCUUCAUCAACUUCUACAUUAAGACAUACCGGAAAGCACCUUCAAGAACGGCUAUAAAGGAAAGCCCUGCCACAACAGAAAUCAAGAACGGUUUCCAUAAGGACUACUUCACUGCUGCCAACGGAUUCCUGAACAAUAAGAAAGCACAAUAAGUAUAAUAUUUCCUAUGGCUUGGGUUUUUUCCAAGGAAAAAAA